UAACCGCAGUGCUUCCUGUUGCCAGCGUCAGUGUCCAAUCUUCCUGUUCGUUCACUUCCUCCGCAGCAUUCUCACUCUUCAGUGGUUCUUCAGUGGAGGUGCAUGUAAACCAGGGUUAUUAUGGACCAACUCUCGUCGGAGGAGCCGAGAGAACUGUAAAAACUAGUCCCAGGCUGACUGGAUGCAACUCACUUGGAUUUGGUUAAGCCACCAACAACAGCCAUGCCUUCGCCAACUGACAAUAUCGCCCUGGAGUUCCUCUCCGACACCGAGCGGGAUUUGAUCCUGGAGGUGCUGCGGCGGGACGAGGAACUUAGGCAGGCCGAGGAGCAGCGCGUUCGGAGGCUGAAGGCAGAGUUGCUGGAAAUUAAGAGGAAAGGGGCCAAACGUGGCAGCGGGAGAUACAGUCAGCGCAGUUGCGGCCGAUGCCAGGGCUCUCUGAGUUUGCUGGCGUUCACCUCCAAACAAUGUCCGCACUGCCACCACCUCGUGUGCAGCAAUUGCAGAGCCAGCCUCCACGAUGGAUUCUGGCUGUGCGUUGUCUGCAUCAAAGAGUCGGACCUAAGAAAGAGUACAGGUGACUGGUUCUACAAUCUGAGGGUUAACCGAUUCACCACCACGCCUGGCCACGAACUCGUGAGAAGCAGCCUCAGACAGAGGCCUGUGUUGAAAAAAUACGUGGCAAUGGGAGACGUUCUACUUAACAAUUCGGAGUCGAGCCGAGGUCCACCCGUUCCCAUCCCCAGGCAGAAGGGCAACGCCACCAGCAAACGGUGCAGCACCAUUUCCCACUCGACAUACUGGACACUACUCGCAAAAUGUUCGAGAUAUGGGGCUUUCAGUCCGUCCAGUGAGAACGGCGGCGCAGUGACUUCGAUGGCGUCUUCUGAAACGAAAGGGGAUGGAUUUGUCUAUCACGGUCCUCCCAGUGAAUACUCUGGGUCUGUUGCUUCAACGGCGUCUUUCGAAUUGAAAGGGAUUGAUGGCCUGUUAAAGCCGUCGCAAAGCGACACCGAGUCGGCAGAAAUCGCCAGCCUCACGAGCAGUAAAACAAGCACAGAGUCUAGGCGCACGACCCCUGACCUGCCCAGAAGAGCGAUUCUUCCACCUCACAACAGCCAGUCCAAUGUGACCCUCUUACCAGAUGCUGUCAUCAUUCAUAGCUAUAGCUCGGAAGCUAACACUGGCCCAGAAAGACAGCAGGCCGUUCCAAGCCCAGAGUAUGAUGUUGACAAAUUCUUCAAAAAGAGCAUCAAACAUGUUCAGGAUCCUCCUGACGGUGUCAACUACGGGCUGGGUGUUUGCGAUCAACCUGAAGUCCCAGUGGAUGGGAGGAGCCAAUUUGUGCAAGGGUUGGACACACAAGUCCCAGAAAUAAAGCAAGCCAUUCCAAGCCCAGAGUUUGACAUAGACGAUUAUGUCAAUUAUGGGCUGGAUGUAUAUAAUCACGCUCACACUUAUGAGAGCCUGGAGGACAUCAAGAGCCAAGUUGUCCAAGAUUUGGACAUGCAAGUUCCCGAUAUAAAGCAGGCCAUUCCAAGCCCAGAGUUUGACGUAGACGAACUCUUCAAGAAGAGCGUCAAACACAUUGAGAAUCCUCCUGAAUAUGUCAAUUAUGGGCUGGAUGUUCAUGAUCACUCUCACACUUAUGAGAGCCUGGUGGACAUCGAGAGCCAAGUUGUCCAAGAUUUGGACACGCAAGUGCCAGAUAUAAAGCAGGCCAUUCCAAGCUCAGAGUUUGGCGUAGACGAACUCUUCAAGAAGAGCGUCAAACACAUUGAGAAUCCUCCUGAAUAUGUCAAUUAUGGGCUAGAUGUAUAUGAUCACUCUCACACAUAUGAGAGCCUGGUGGACAUAAAGAGCCAAAUUGUCCAAGAUUUGGACCCGCAAGUGCCAGAUAUAAAGCAGGCCAUUCCAAGCUCAGAGUUUGACGUUGACGAACUCUUCAAGAAGAGCGUCAGACACACAGAGAAUCCUACUGAAUGUGUCAAUUAUGGGUGGGAUGUUUGUGAUCAGUUUCACACACAUGAGAGCCCGGUGGACAUCAAGAGCCAGUUUGUCCAAGAUUUGGACACGCAAGACCCAGAAAUAAAGCAAGUCCUUCCAAACCCAGACUUUGAUGUUGACCAACUCUUCGAGAGGAAUGUCAAGCACAUUGAGAAUCCUCCUGAAUGUGUCAAAUAUGGGCCGGAUGUUUGUGAUCCAGCUGACUCCUAUGAGGUCUCAGGGGACUUAAAGAGCCAAUCUGUCCAAGUUUUGGACACCCAAGUCCCAGAACUAAAGCAGACCAGUCCAAACCCAGAGUUUGAUGUUGAGAAACUCUUCAAGAGUGUCAAACGCAUUGAGCGGGAUAUUUGUGGUCAACCUGGUUCACAUGAGCCCCCGGUGGCUGCCAAGAGAAAAUGUGUGCAAGUUUUGGACUCGCAAGUCCCAGAAAUAAAGCAGGCCAGUCCAAAGCCACAGUUUGGCACACAGAUUGCGAAUCCUUCUGAAGGUGUCAAAUAUGGUCUGGAUGUUUAUGAUCAACCUGAUUCUCACGAGGUCCCAGUAGCUGUCAAGCGACAAUUUGUACACGGUUUGGACAUGCAAGUCCCAGAAAUAAAACAAUUGGGUCCCACCCCUGAGUUGGAUGUUCAGAAACUUUUCAAGAAGAGCGUCAGUCGUAUUCAAAGUCCUCCCGAACACCUAUCAACACUGGAUUUGCAUGACAAUCGGGACAAUUUAGCAUUACCAAUGGGAAACAGGAGCCAAUCUGUUCCAGAUUUAGACAUGCAAGACGAUGAAGAGGAAGACAUUGACAGCUUGGUUAACUUUCAUAAAAGUGCGAUGGCUUCCAGUUCUUCAAGUUUAAGGAGCACGAGCAUGACGAGCAUUUACAGUGACUCUGGAGACAAUUACAGCGUGGACGUGAGAGGGGAGGUGGUCUUCACCAUGUUCUACGACGAGCCCACCCAGAGCCUGCAGGUCUUAAUUAAGGAGUGCCGCAAGCUGGCCUAUGGCGAUACGCUACGGCAGUUUUCCAACCCUUACGUCAAAUGUUACCUCCUCCCCGACAAAUCUCGUCAGAGCAAGAGGAAGACCACCAUCAAGAGGCACACCUGCGACCCAGUCUACGAAGAAACUUUCAAGUACUCCAUUCGGCGGAAUCAGCUGCUAACUCGAAGCAUGCUGAUAUCGGUGUGGCAUCACGGCCAUCUCAGCAGCAACCCUUUCCUGGGAGAGGUCGAGAUCGCUCUGGACUGCUGCGACCUGGACUCCCCGCACGAGGAAUGCAUGCCCCUCAUGACAAAGGCUCCGUGCUGCAUACCAGCGUCGGCCUUCACUCAUUUCAAAGGAGAGAUGGUGAUCUCCUUGAAGUUCGUCACACCUAAAGCCCCCCGGGUGCAGAAAUUCAAAGGCAAAAAGGUAGUGGAGGCGGAAAGCGGGGAGCUCCACGUCUUGAUUAAGGAGGCAAAGAAUUUGAUGGCCAUGAAGGGAGGAGGAGGGACAUCUGAUAGCUUUGUAAAGGGCUACUUGUUCCCGUCUAAAUCAAAGACGACUAAGAGAAAGACGCCCGUCAUGAAGAAGAACCUGAAUCCUCACUACAACCACACGUUUGUGUACAAGGAGCUGUCGCUGGAGCAGCUGACGUGCAUGUGUCUGGAACUGACCGUGUGGGACAGAGAGCCCAUGUUGAGCAAUGAAUUCCUCGGAGGAGUGCGCCUCAGCUGUGGCAAAGGCAGUGUCAAAAUGGGAAACGAUGAAGUUGGGAUGGAUUCGGUUGGAGAAGAGGUCAGCCUGUGGCAGAAGAUGAUGCAGUACCCCGACUCAUGGGCAGAGGGCACUCUUCCCUUGCGUACCACCAUGAGGAAGAAGAAGAAGGGCAAAUGAGGACGCUGGGAUCUUUUGCGAGAGAAAAAAAAUGUUGGGUCAGAAACAAUUUGAUUGUGUGCAAUUAUGUUUAUUUUGCAAGAACAGAAACUCGCCUAGCGACAGGACGGGACAUGCAGCCGAUUGGCUGUGAGGAGGCUUUGGCUUCCCACUCAUUGGGCUCGAGUUUUGACAUGUUUCUGAUGACAAAUGUGCCAAAGAUUACUCAAAUGUGGGAUUAUUUUAGGAACACUCUCACUUGCUUUGUUUUUAAACCGCAACCACACAGAAAGUGUCAAAAGGUUGUGAUGGUGUAAAGCAAUUUAUAUUGUAAUCUGCACAACCAAUUGCGCUCAUCUAUUUUAUAUAGCGAUUGCUGUUUGUUACCAAUAUAGAAACUAUUUGUACAAGGGUUGUAAAGUCUUUGUUGGAAACAAGUUGCAGAUGGAUGAGAUUUUUAACCCGUGGUUACUUCGAAGUUGCCUCGACUAUCCUAUUCAGCCAAUAAACAUUGACCAAACAUUUAUGGAUUA